UGCCGCUGUCCCAUGUGCCUGUGAACUCACUGGGGAGGGGCAGCACUCCUGCUCGUCUUGAAACAACGUCAUGGAUAGGUUUGUGAACAGCAAACUCAAGGAUAACAGUGUGACUCUGUUCACCAAGGCAGGCUGCCCUUACUGCAGAAAUGCCAUUGAGAUGUUGAAGAAAUACAACAUCGCUCCUGGAGGCCUGCAAGAGUUUGAUAUCACUGGGUUGACAGAUGUCCAGGACUACUUGCAGAAAAUAACAGGACAAAGAAACGGCCCUCACGUGUUCCUCGGGAGACACUGCCUCGGAGGGCUGAGCGACCUGCAGAACAUGGAGUGCCAGCUCCCCACCGCGCUGCAGCAGAUGGGCAUCCUGAUGUAGCUGGAGGG